AGCCAUUGAUUAAAAAAAUAAUUAUUUUUGACUUUUAUUUUGAAGUUUGCAUUUGAAUACCGGAAAGAAAGGAACGGAAAUUUAAGCAGCGUUCCAUGAACGUAAAUAGCAGGAUUGGAUCUAAGAAAAUGGAGCUUCCACCCCACGAAGGAUCGGUACUCUCUGUGGUUGACAUGCACACAGGUGGAGAGCCUUUGCGCAUUAUCCUUAGUGGUUACCCAGAGGUAAAGGGCGAGGGUGUGCUAUCCAAACGGCGCUACGUGAGAGAGCAUCUGGACUACCUACGGAGAGUGUUGAUGUUCGAACCAAGAGGACACUAUGACAUGUACGGAGCCCUGGUCGUGGAGAGUGAGAUACCUGAAGCCGACUUGGGGGUUCUUUUCAUGCACAACGAAGGUUACAGUACCAUGUGUGGCCACGCAGUCAUCGCUCUUGGGAGGUUUGCUGUAGACUACAAACUUGUUCAAGAGCCAAGGUCGCCAGAGACGCAGGUGAAUAUACACUGUCCAUGUGGCCUGGUUAAGGCAUUUGUGGAGUACUCCAAUGGUAAAACCGGAGGUGUGAGGUUCCACAGUGUUCCAGCGUUUGCAUUUGCAACAGAUGUAAUUGUUGCUGUGCCUGGGCAUGAUGAAGUCACUGUUGAUAUAAGCUACGGAGGAGCAUUCUACGCAUUUGUAAGUGCAGAGCGAUUUGGCCUGGAUAUCAACAAGUCCAAGACCAGGGAUCUGGUGGAUGCAGCUACUGCAGUGACCAACUCUGUCAAAUCUCAGGUAAAACUGCAUCACCCAACCAGUGAGGACCUGGCCUUUCUCUAUGGCACCAUCCUCACAGAUGGAAAAGAUGCCUAUUCCCAAGAGCCCACUGCUAACAUGUGUGUGUUUGCAGAUGCCCAGGUGGACAGAAGCCCUACAGGUUCAGGGGUCACUGCCCGUGUGGCUCUCCAGUAUCAUAAAGGCCUCAUCCAACUCAACCAGACUAGGACCUUCCAGAGUGGGGCCACAGGAUCUCUGUUCACUGGCAAAGCUGUUCAGGACACCACAUGUGGAGACUUCAAGGCUGUGGUGGUUGAGGUGGCUGGCAGAGCACACUACACUGGCGUGGCCAGCUUUGUGCAGGAAAGUGACGACAAGCUAAAACUUGGUUUCCUGCUGAAAUAGGAGCAGCUACCAGUGCCCACAACCACUUUUGAGUGCAUCUCCAUCCAAGCAAAGGACCAUAUCAGAUUGCAAAUCAAUUGUAAAAAUAAAAAAAAACACACAAAAAACCCAUCACUCAUUGAAGGCCUAUGUAGCAUCGGUAAUGGUCAUAAGUAUUGUGUGUACUGUAUGCACAGAGUCUGACAUAAGAGACAUGGCAGACAAGGCUGUUGGAAUUCCCUCAAACAUCUGAAUGGUUAAGGUCAACUUCCAUGAGCAGGUGUCCAAUAUAACAAAGUUUGCUCCUGUCCUGUAGUGGUCAUAAACACAAAAUUAACUAAAAAGUGUUAAGUAGGAUAACUUUGGUCAUAAAGUCAGUCUUUAAGGAAACAAUGUCUCAGAUUUCUUGGAUAUUUGAGGAUUGGGUUUUGAUUUCAGUCAUGCCCAGUCAUCGCCUGGUACAAAGCGAUGGGAGAGCUGUGACACACUGGUCUGGACAGGAGUCAGUUUGUUGGUGCAAUAUACACGCAAAAAUUGUUUGAACUUUGAUUCUCUCAAACAUUUUUCCCCCU